AACUCUCUGUCUUGACAACAACCUUGUUCACGUCAGCUUCCGAAGGUGUAGACUAUGCCUCGAGCUGGCCACUAGACAACAGAUGCAAUACCUCCUACUAGGAGAUUGUAGGAGGUAUUGUGCAGCUGAAAUUCUGCGGCGACGAAUGCGCCAAAAAUGUUUCUCCACACCCGAGUGAUAGAUCUAAUGAUGCAGGGCGCGCGGUCUGCAUGAAGCCGGCUCAGAUGAUCGAUGCACACUAAGCCUUCGGUGCGCUGGGCGGUGCUGCACUCGGCGCCUUCUGCACGCGUUGCAUCUUGACAAGGACCAUUCAUUAUUUGCGCCCCUAGCAAAUGGUUGGACGAUGUCGUUGCUAUUGGUACGAUGUCGUCGGGGCCUGGCGGAAGUCAAGAAGAGCCCAGAGAGUGGUUUGAGGAAUUGCAGCUGGACAUAGUGCAAUCCCACCUGCACACAUUGUCUCGCGCAGGCGUCGGACCGAAUUCGAUCAGCCGGCCGAAGCUCGUGCGAAAAUAUGUGCCUGCUCACACGUCUGUGCUUAUCACGUGGAUACGCACCGAGUCUUGGCGUGUCAAUCAUUCUCAGGUCAGGCACCAAGUCCACGGCGUCGUGGGUUCCUGCGUCAACAUCAUCUCACCCCAUCCUCACCCUCAUGCUAUGGCGCGGACCUUCUGUUCUGCUCAAACUUACUGAAAUGCCAUGGUACUGGAAAGCCGAACAAUACAUGGCUCAAUCACUUCCUGGGCUCCCCGCUACCCCGCCGAUACUGAGUUCCCCAGCGAAGGUCGUCGAUCUACUGCCCCAGGCAGACAGAAGCAGGCAGAAGCAGGCAAAGCCACGCGGUUUCUACUAGAGAAUAUGUCUGCUCGGGACGACCCUAUGGCUUACGCAACGGAUAUCCGACUCGAUUCAAGGCGAUAAUGAUGAGCAAGCACGCUGUGCCGGGAAGUCACACGCUGAGCCAAAGUAUGCGGGAGCUCGGACGGGGAUGUUGACUCUCAACGACGAAGAAGAAAUGCUUACCUAGACAACUGAGGCUGGAAGUUGCAUUGCAUCGACAUCGUCUCUUAAGCACGAACCCAGCUCACUCUCGAUUCUAUCUGCUGGGCUCCGGCCGACCUCUCAAGCAAGCGCUUCUCCACGCCGGACUUCACCAAGUCAACAUCUCAGCGUAUGAAUCUAUCAGUGUUUCGUUAUCGACUUGUGUGAUAAUUGAUUCUGUGAUUGGGGCAGACUCAGAGAUACCAUAUGCUAACAUUCCACUUACCCAAAGCCUGGCUUCCACGUCCACAAGGCUUCCCAGAAAAUAAGUCCGACUCAGCUUGCUUAAACGCGGUCUUGACAGUCGAGCAUUUCUGCGAAGAUGUUCAGCCCUCUUGCAGACUGGAGAUGAUAUUAUGUGUCUUCAUUUUGGACCUAUGACACCGUAUUAUCGGGCACCGAGUUCGCAGACACACUAGUAUCGUUCUUCGGGAAAUUUCUAGUCCCAUUUCAAUGCAACAAGCUCAAUGCUCCGUUGUGCACAAGCAAUCAGUUAAGCCAUUGUUGCCCCGGUCGAAACUGAUUAGAGUGUUGCACGUGGCAUGAUGGCGCUGUUCUGAUCCUGGAGUUGGCGUCAAAUUUCUGGUUGUAUGCCGAAUUCGCCGAGACAUGUAGAAAACCACCACAAUGAAACCAAUGAAGCGAAGCAUCUCUUGUCGCGGAGAAAUAAGAGUGUUUGGAGAAGCCUCGUAUUCCGGCAUUGAGUGGCUCCAUGAAACAGUGCUCACAAAACUCGUUAGGAUACAUAAGAGUCGAGGACAGUCCCAUUGAUUACGAGCUGCCAGAAAUCAAGGUUCCUAACUUCAUAUUUAAAGCGCCAGUUCUCACUCAUUAGCACCAUCAAGAUGCAAUACUCACUCACCUCCACCCUCGUGGCCACCACCCUCCUUCUCUCCAGCUCAACAGUAGUCCUCGCCGCUCCUCUCCAACUCGACCUCUCCCAACUCCAACACGUCGACGUCACCAACCCUCUCGGCGUCGGCCCUCAAAUCUUCCCCACGCGCCACGAAGACAAGGAAAAACGUCGAGUGAUUUCCACAGGAGUUUUCCACGGCCAACUUCCCAAAACGGGAGAAUUUGAGACUCUUCCUAUUGUCAAUAAGAAGGAGAAGCGAGAUGCUGAGCCUGUCUUUCCGGGUCAAUACGAUGAUCCAAAAAAGCAGGGAUGGGCGCCGUAUUUUGGAAAUCAGCAGGUCGAUGGGUCUAAGAGGAAGAUGAUGAAGAAGAGAGAGGCAGAAGCUUUGGAGCUGUUGCCGGGUAUGAAGCCCGUCAAUCCCGAAGGUUGCGAUGAUCCGUUUCUUUGCGCUUCUCUGAAGAAGGAGAAGAGAGAGGCGGAAGCGGAAGCGGAAGCUUUGCAACUGUUGCCGGGAAUGGAACCGAUUAACCCCGAGGGUUGCGAUGAUCCGCUUCUUUGCGCUUCUCUGAAGAAGGAGAAGAGAGAGGCGGAAGCAGAAGCGGAAGCUUUGGAGCUGUUGCCGGGUAUGAAUCCCGUCAAUCCCGAGGGUUGCGAUGAUCCGUUUCUUUGCGCUUCUUUGAAGAAGGAGAAGAGAGAGGCUGAAGCUGAAGCGGAAGCGGAAGCUUUGCAGCUGUUGCCGGGAAUGGAGCCGAUUGAUAUGAAGAAGUGCACACUGCCUGAGUGUGUCGUGCUCUGA